AUGAGCCCGCUGGCCGAUGUGCUGUACAGGAAUGCCGAAGACCCUGUUCUGGCAUGGCGAAUGUUCAAGCACUUCCUCCAGUCCCCAUCCUCCAUCCGUUCCCUCCGGCCUUUGACGGCCAUCUCCCGCAUCGUCACGAGGGCCCGGAUGCUCCCGGAGAUUCGGGAGCUCCAUCGCGAUCUCCUCGCCCUCUGCUCGCCUGAGACGGCCUACGGCGCGCUCACCGUCCUCGCGCAGGCUUCAGCUCGGUCUGGCCUGCUCGAUGAGGCCUUUUCGCAGUUACUCUCCCUCCGCAGCCACUUCUCCUCGACAGUCCCUCGUCUGUGCCUUUACAACUCUCUCUUGGAGUCGUCGUUCAAGGGGAAUCGGCCGGACUUGGUGGAGCUCGUCUAUAAGGAUAUGCUCGUCUCCGGGAUCUCGCCGGAGACGUACACAUUCAACCUACUGAUGCUCUCUCUGUGCGAAUCGGGUCGUCUCGCUGAGGCUCGCCGGUUGUUCGAUAAAAUGCCGACAAAAGGUUGUGCGCCAAAUCAAUUCAGCUUCGGUAUCUUGGUCCGUGGAUACUGCAGAUCAGGGCUCAGUGUUAAAGCUGCGGAGCUCUUGAACAUGAUGGGGAGUUUCCGUUGCUCUCCAAAUCAAACGAUCUACAACACAUUGGUAUCCGGGUUCUGUAGGGAAGGCAAGGUUGACGAGGCAGAGAGAUUGGUGGAGAGAAUGAGAGGGGAGCAUCUAAACCCAAAUGUCGUCACUUUCAAUUCAAGGAUAUCCGCUCUUUGCAAGGCAGGCAGUGUUGCAGAGGCUUCCAAGGUCUUCAGGGACAUGCAGAGUGACAGUGAAUUAGGCUUGCCUAGGCCAAACUCGGCCACUUACAAUAUAAUGCUCGAUGCAUUCUGCAAAGGGGGCAUGAUCGCCGAGGCUGCGGGUCUAGUCGAGGCCAUGAGAAGGGACGGUCUGUUUGGGAAGGUGGAGACCUACAACAUUUGGCUGUCUGGUUUAGUGAGGUAUGGAAAGCUGCUGGAGGCCCGGGCAUUGUUGUCGGAGAUGACACAAGCAGGUGUCGGACUUGACAUAUACACAUAUAACACCAUGAUUUUCGGCUUGUGCAGAGAUGGGCUGAUUUCAGAUGCUCGGUCGCUGAUGAAGGUGAUGAGAGACAGAGAAAUCAAGCCGGAUACGGUGACCUACAGCACGAUGCUGCAUGCAUAUUGCGCCCAAAGGAAGGUUUCCGAGGCCAGUCGGGUUCUUCAUGAGAUGGUGAGAGAUGGAUGCCCUCCGAACACCUUCACCUGCAACAUAUUGUUGCGAAGCCUUUGGAGGGAAGGCAGGACUGAAGAAGCUGAACGACUCCUGCGGAAGAUGAACGAAAAGGGCCUUGAGACGGACAAGGUGACCUGCAACACGGUGGUCGACGGCCUCUGCAAGAGCGGAAAGGUGGACGUGGCUAUGGAGAUCGUCGGCGACAUGUGGCUUCAUGGGAGCGCAUCUCUUGGAGAGUUGGGAAACAUGUUUCUUGGUAUGUUAAGCGAUGCCGGCAAUGGCGCAAAGUGCUCUCCAGAUGUGAUCACCUAUUCAUCUGUGAUCACCGCGCUAUGCUCGGCGGGAAGAUUCGAUGAAGCGAAGAAGAAGUACGUUGAAAUGGUGGGGGGGAACAUUUCUCCCGAUCAGGUCAUCUAUGAAUCCUUCAUUCACGGUUUCUGCGAGCACGGUAAGCUCUCCUCGGCCAUCAAGGUUUUGAGAGACAUGGAGAAAGGAUGCCACGGCCCGAGCGUCAGAGCCUACAACGCUCUGAUCCACAGUAUGGGCCGGAAGAACCAGUUCGACCAGAUCGACAUCUUGAAGAAGGAAAUGCGAGAACGAGGAAUCGCCCCUGACGUGUUCACUUACAACAGUCUCAUCAGCAUCUUCUGUGAAGAGGGGAGGGAAACAGAGGCCGCCUCGCUACUGGAUGAGAUGUCGAACAGGGGCAUCUCUCCAUUGAUUUCAUCUUUGAGGUGCCUGAUCAUGGCCUUUUGCAAGUUGGGAAACUUUGAAGCGGCUCUUGGAUCGUUUCGGAAGGGUUUAUUCUUAUGCGGCGGCCGGGAGGACGCCCUCUACAGCCUGAUGUGCCGCGAGCUCUGCGCCCAUGGGAAGCUGUCCGAGGCCAAGGAACUCUUCCGAGCCGCCGUAGAGAAGGGCAUCGCCAUUGAGCAUGCCUCAUACAAGUAUCUGAUCGCAGAACUGUGCAGGGGAGACAAGGCGGAAGACGCCCGCGGCAUUCUCGAUCUCCUGAUGGGCAGGGGGUACAUUUUUGAUCCCGCCGCCUUCAUGCCAGUGAUCGAUCAUCUGGGCAAGAGGGGCAGCAAGCAGGAAGUCGACCGGCUCUCAGCGCUGAUGAUGGACAUGAUCUCCCUUCACGAUGAGACAAGUUCCAUUCUUUCUCACUGCCGAAGGGGAAGGAACGGUUUGGCGACAUGGACGAGCUCCGAAGGGAAAGAAUUCGCUCAGCGGCGGAAGCAAGACGGGCCGCAUGACGCCGAUUGGCAGGCCAUAUUAAACAAGUAUGUGCAUGCAUAUGAACCCACCCGCUCUCCUUAUUCCCGAUUCUCGGAGGAGAAAGAAACUUAUUAUUGGUCCUUUCCUUGCAGGGACGAAGGGAGCGGAAUCGCCAUGAAGAUCCUCAAACAGGUGCAGAGAGGCUGGGGCCAGGGGGCCAUUCCGAGGCUGAAUCCUCCGAAGGGUGAUUCUCACAGGGACUGGCUGGACGUAAUCUGA